GAGAUAGCUUUUACCAGAAGAUCACGGCAAAGCAAAGGCUGUGAUGUCAUGGCAGCUGCCAGUGUGACCAGACCUGGCAGUGUCCAGACCACAGAGAAAUCUCAGUUAACCUUGAAAGUGGUGUCAGCGAAGCCCCAGUCACCCAAGUUACCCAACCGCCAUGCUCGUCUCAGUUCCUUUGUGGAGGUCACUGCAGAUGGCCUCACCAGCGAGACCAAGAAAACGGGCAAACGCACUGGGCACCUCGAGCUCCAGUGGAACGAGGACCUCACUCUGAACGUGACACCCCAGAGUCGGCUUGACCUGAAACUGUGGAGUUGCCAUACUCUGAGGAAAGAGCUGCUGGGGAGCGCUACCAUCGACCUGCUGGACACGCUGCGUACCCACGAUGGAAAGAUGGAGAAUCUGCCGCUCAGUCUGGUCCUGCAGACAGAGAACAAAGGCUCAGUUGUAGCAGGAGGAGAACUGAACGUCUGUCUGGAUGGCCUGGUUGUUGAUCUGGGAUCCUUGCCCAAUAGCAGUACAGCAACAGACAAGAUGCUGGAGUCUGACAGACCUAACCUGCGCAGGACUCAGAGCGAGGAGACGCCCAGCACGACCAGUGGCACUCGUGGCAGGAGUCACCGGCACUCUGCGGGAGGUUCUCGGGGGACUUCCCCGGGGGUGUCAAGAGGAGGUUCUCUGACUAACGGAGAACUGAACGGAGAACAGAUCCAAGGAGCUUCCGCUCGUCACCGCGCCUCCAAGAGUUCCCACAGUAGCCCAGGCAUCACAGAUAAAAGCGAGCUAACGGCUAACGGCCUGGAGAACGGCCGCGGCGGACUGACACGCCAAACACCUCCUCCCUCUUCCCCGUCACUCAGGUCUAAUGCCCCCAACAGCACCCCCGCCGCAGGUCAGGAGAGCGCUGCCACGCCCCCACCUGCAGAAACCGCCCCCUCCAAUUCUGAGCAACCCACCUCUGCCACAGAGCCUAUCACGGAGUCCCUGCCUGCUGGGUGGGAGCAGAGAGUCUUGCCUCAUGGCCGGGUAUACUACGUGGACCACAACACAAAGACCACCACCUGGGAGAGACCUCUUCCUCCAGGAUGGGAGAAGCGGGUGGACCAGCGAGGCAGGUUCUAUUACGUGGACCACAACACCAGAACCACCACCUGGCAAAGGCCCACGCCUGAGUCUGUGAGAAACUACGAGCAGUGGCAGUCACAGCGCAGCCAGCUUCAGGGAGCCAUGCACCAGUUCAAUCAGAGAUACCUCUACCAGUCAUCUGGCGCUCCGGUGGAAAAUGACCCUCUUGGUGCUCUUCCACCUGGCUGGGAGAAACGCCAGGACAAUGGGAGGGUCUAUUUUGUCAACCACAACACACGGACCACACAGUGGGAGGACCCGAGAACCCAAGGGAUGAUCCAGGAGCCACCCCUGCCUCCAGGCUGGGAGAUGAAAUACACAGCGGAGGGCGUGCGCUAUUUUGUGGACCACAACUCUCGUACGACCACCUUUAAAGACCCGCGGCCAGGCUUUGAGACAGGGUCUCGACAGGGAGGGUCACCAGGGGCUUAUGACCGCAGUUUCAGGUGGAAGUACCACCAGUUCCGCUUCUUGUGCCAUUCCAAUGCCUUACCAAGCCAUGUGAAGAUUUCUGUGUCCAGACAAACCCUGUUUGAAGACUCAUUCCAACAGAUCAUGAACAUGAAGCCCUACGACCUGCGCAGAAGGCUCUACAUCAUCAUGAGAGGAGAGGAAGGCCUGGACUACGGUGGCAUUGCCAGGCAAUGGUUCUUCCUCCUGUCUCAUGAAGUCCUGAACCCCAUGUACUGUCUGUUUGAAUACGCUGGCAAGAACAACUACUGUCUCCAAAUCAACCCUGCCUCCUCCAUCAACCCUGACCACCUUACCUAUUUCCGCUUCAUUGGCCGAUUCAUCGCCAUGGCCUUGUACCAUGGCAAGUUUAUCGACACUGGCUUCACUCUACCCUUUUACAAACGCAUGCUGAAUAAGAAACCCACCCUUAAAGACCUGGAGUCCAUUGACCCAGAGUUUUAUAACUCCAUCAUGUGGGUCAAAGAGAACAAUCUGGAAGAGUGCGGCGUGGAGCUCUAUUUCGCUCAGGACAUGGAGAUCCUGGGCAAGGUCAGCACCCAUCAGCUGAAAGACAACGGAGAGAAUGAGUUAGUCACAGAGGAGAACAAGGAAGAGUACAUCAGUCUUCUGACGGAUUGGCGUUUUACGCGGGGAGUGGAGGAGCAGACUAAGGCCUUUCUAGAUGGCUUUAAUGAAGUGGUUCCCCUGGAGUGGCUGCGUUACUUUGAUGAGAAAGAGCUUGAGUUAAUGCUGUGUGGAAUGCAGGAGAUUGAUCUCAGCGAUUGGCAGAAAAACACCAUUUAUCGUCAUUACACCAAGAACAGCAAGCAAAUCCAAUGGUUUUGGCAGGUGGUGAAAGAUAUGGACAAUGAGAAACGGAUUCGCCUGCUUCAAUUUGUCACAGGAACCUGCAGGCUGCCAGUGGGAGGCUUUUCCGAACUCAUUGGGAGUAACGGCCCACAGAAAUUCUGCAUAGACAAAGUGGGCAAGGAGACGUGGCUGCCAAGAAGUCAUACCUGCUUCAAUCGCCUAGACCUACCACCCUACAGGAACCUGGAGCAACUCAGAGAGAAACUGCUCUUCGCAAUCGAGGAGACGGAGGGAUUCGGACAGGAGUGAGAGAGAGAGGAGAGGAGUGAGGGAUUCAGACAGGAGAGGAGAGGAGUUAGAACAGGGAGGAUAUGUUAGAGUUGGCUGACAGUCAAUGAGAGAGAACACAGUGACCAAAAGCAUCACCAGUGGUGUCCUAAAGUCUGAUAAACCUGAACACCUCAAUACUCCUGCUGUUAACUUCUGCUGUUGAGGGGAGCACUGUUUGAGAGGGUGGGAAGCCAGGGCUGUGGAGAGGACCAGUGCAAGGUUUCGGAGAGGGAGAGGCAGUUGUUUGUGGAGGCACGUGCCUUGGGGAGGAAGGGUGUCCUGUCCCUCACAGAGGGUUUUUUGUUUUUUUUUUGUAGCUACUCAACUCCAAAUCUUUUCUGCUGUUCUAGAGCAGCAUAAAUUCCUAUAUUAAGUUCCAGAAAUUCACCAGAAACAUUAUGUGCGCAAGAAAUAAAAAUACAAUUUUAAAUUCUACAGCAAAUUGCUGCAACGGCACACUUAAUGCAUCUGUAUCUGUAGUGUAUGGGAGAAAAGCUGUUUGUAAAGUGUGUGUGUGUGUGU